AUGCCACUCAGAGUCAGCAUCCCCCCUGCAACCCGCACCUUUCUCGUCGGCCUCCUCGCCCUCUCCGUCCUCUACAACAUCGCCAGAUGGCGUGGUCUCGACUACACCAGCGGCGCUGUCCAAACAACUCCCCUCAUUCCCUACUUGACUCUCGUUCCGUCUCGCUUCUUCUUCUACCCCUGGACACUCGCUACAUCGACAUUCGUUGAGCAAAAUAUCUUUACCGUGCUUUUGAACGCUGCUACCAUUUUUUAUGGGGGGAAGUAUCUCGAGCGCGCGUGGGGAUCUAGGGAAUUCAGCAAGUUCGUUGCGGCAGUUACGCUCAUCCCUAAUGCCGUGAUUAUUCCAAUUUAUCUGAUUUGGGGUGCGGCGCCUGGUCAGAAUAACAGAGGUCUCACCCAGAUCUGCGGUGGUGUAGCCAUCCAAGGCUCCUUCCUCGUUGCAUUCAAGCAGCUCGUCCCAGAACACACCGUCGCAAUCUUUAAAGGUCUAAUAAAAAUGCGCGUAAAGCAUUUCCCAGCCUUAUUCCUCCUCCUAAACACCCUCAGCGGCAUCAUCAUCGGAACCGACACCGCCGCCAUCCUAGCCUGGCUCGGUCUCCUAACCAGCUGGACCUACCUCCGCUUCUAUAAACAGCAGCCCGACCUAACCGGAACCUCAACAAAUGGCCUCGGCAUAAAUGGUGACGCCAGCGAAACCUUCGCUUUCGCCUGCCUCUUCCCAGACGUAAUGCAGCCCCCGAUUGCAUUCGUAGCAGACCAAGUCUACGCAUUACUGGUAGCUAUCAAGAUUCUCCGCCCAUUCUCCGAACACGAUAUCGCAUCUGGAAACCAACAAGUGCUCGCGAGAGGUGAAGCAGGUCUACCUAUUCUCCUAGGCAGUCAGCGUGGAUCCGGAUCCGGAGCCCGAGGUAAACGCGAAGAGGCUGAGCGUCGUCGUGCACUGGCACUCAAGGCUCUUGAUCAGCGAUUACAAGCUGCUUCUGUGGGUCGUGUACAGGCUAGUUCGGCUACAUUGGCCGAACCAAGCUCGAGUCAGUCGCGUUCAACAACGCCCGCCCAGUCUGCAUCUGGACAGACCAUGCUUGGUGGAACCAAUUACAAUCCCGAUAACGCAUAA